CCGCAAACGACUGUUGCUCACACACAUCGCUGUCCAGAUACUGCUGGGUUUUCCCGAAACGUCUGUUUAUAUUGAAUACUACCGAGUAUGACGAUGUCACUGAUGUUGAUAACUGUUACAGCUGUUUUGCUAGCGCAGGCAACAGCAAACGAAAAUGUUGCACUUAAAGGAACAGCAAGCCAAAGCAGCACUGCUUAUGAUGGACCAGCCUACUAUGCUAAUGAUGGGAAUGUUGAUUCCAUAUAUGGUGAUUUAAGUUGUAGCCAUACUGCAAAGGAACAGGGCGCUUGGUGAAAACUAGAUUUGGGAGAAACAUACUCUAUAUCUCAAGUGGUAAUAACAAAUAGACAAGAUUGUUGUUCUGAAAGAAUUGAUGGAGCCGUGGUGUUAAUUGGUGACAAUUCUGAUAUAAGCCAAAAUGCCCAAUGUGGAGAUCAAAUAGACUGGAACGCAAACACAUAUGGAGAGAAGAUCACAUUUGAUUGUCAGCUAAACGGACGUUAUGUUGCCGUACAACUGAAAGAUCAUAAUAACUAUUUACAUAUGUGCGAGGUGGAGGUGUGUGGAAAGAAAUAUUAUGAAAAUGUUGCACUAAAUGGAACAGCAAGCCAAAGCAGCACUGCUUAUGAUGGACCAGCUAACUAUGCUAAUGAUGGAAAUGUUGAUUCCAUAUAUGGUGAUAAAAGUUGUAGCCAUACUGCAAAAGAACAGGGCGCUUGGUGGAAACUAGAUUUGGGAGAAACAUACUCUAUAUCUGAAGUGGUAAUAACCAAUCGACAAGAUUGUUGUUCUGAGAGAAUUGACGGCGCUGUGGUGUUAAUUGGUGACAAUUCUGAUUUAAGCCAAAAUGCCCAAUGUGGAGAUCAAAUAGACUGGAAUGCAAACACGUAUGGAGAGAAGAUCACAUUUGAUUGUCAGCUAAACGGACGUUAUGUUGCCGUACAAUUGAAAGAUCAUAACAACUAUCUACACCUGUGUGAAGUGGAGGUGUUUGGUGAGAAGCAAUCAUUACCGGAAAAUAUUGCACUCAAAGGAACAGCAAGCCAAAGCAGCACCGCUUAUGAUGGACCAGCUAACUAUGCUAAUGAUGGAAAUGAUGAUUCCAUAUAUGGUGAUUUAAGUUGUAGCCAUACUGCAAAGGAACAGGACGCUUGGUGGAAACUAGAUUUUGGAGAAACAUACUCUAUAUCUCAAGUGGUAAUAACCAAUCGACAAGAUUGUUGUUCUGAGAGAAUUGACGGAGCUGUGGUGUCAAUUGGUGAAAGUUCUGAUAUAAGCCAAAAUGCCCAAUGUGGAGAUCAAAUUGACUGGAACGCAAACACAUAUGGAGAGAAGAUCACAUUUGAUUGUCAGAUAAGUGGGCGUUAUGUUGCCGUACAACUGAAAGAUCAUAACAACUAUUUACACCUGUGUGAAGUGGAAGUGUUUGGAAAGAAACAUCAUGAAAGCACUCCUUGUUCACUGAACUAGAAAUAUUAGUACAAUAAACCAUAUGUGUGCGGUGAUCCACGGGAAUGAGGGUUUUCCUUUAUAAAAUUAAUGUCAUUGAAAUGGGUGUCUCGUAUUUGUCUAAUCUAUUUUAAUUUCGUUGAUUAUAGUAUGAGUUUUAUGAAUACUAAUUGUGUUACUAUAUGUAUCCAUUAGAUGCUAUCGCGAUAACGUUAUUACAACGUUUGGUAUUUUUGUUUCAUUUCUAAUUUUUAUAAUUUUUUCACGCACGUAAUCUCAUGUCAAUAUAUUAUAUUAUGACCAUGGUCAAACAACACGUUUAGUACUCCUAUUAAUUUCUUCAAGCUAAUUUGACGAGUUGUGUAUCGCACAUUCAUAUGGGUGAGAUUAAAUCGUUCUUGUUACUGGAAA